AUGGCAAGAAACAAGACUUCGGUGCCAACGGACGGCAAUGAUCGUGAAGGCGAUCACUACAACACGGUUGACAAUCCGACAGACGAGUUAGCCAUCGAUCAACCGCGCAAUUUCGUCAGCGGUAUUGUCGAGAUGAGACGAGGCCGUCGGUCGCGCAGACGCCGAUCAAGGCGAAGGUCUAGGAGAUCGCGGGCCGGCCGCAGGCGGUUGAGCGUAACCAGUGGCGCGGACGAAGACGAGCAGGAUACUGAGGAGGACACAUCAGAUAAUACUAGCCAGGAGCAGGACAGCUGCGAUGACGACUCGUCCACGGACGCUGACGACGAAGCUGCUGAUGCGAUGGGCCGUAGGAGAAGGGGUAGGAGGAGUAGAAGACGAAGGGGCAGGCGGUCGUCGUCGCGGAGUAGAAGACGGCGGAGCAUGAGUGGCCGUGGCGGGCGGCGCAGAGUCGCGGGCAAUAACACUGUCGUAGACAGACAAGACCUCGCGGGCAUGUCGUUCGACGGCGUUGAAAUCACGGAUGCUGCGAGGGGCCGCCGUCGCCGCAGCGGUAGCCGUAGAAGGAGGUCCUCGAGUAGGCGAAUGGUGCGCAGGCAGAGGAGAGUCCUCGCGGAGGAGUGUGGCGAUUCCACCGCCGACGAAUUAAACAUGUCCAACGCAACACCAUCGAACAACUUACUGGUAUCGACUACCCGCGACGCUUCGAGAUCCCGCAAACCCCGACGCCGCACUAAUAGCAAAUCGCACAAGUGCUGA